AUGAGGACACCAGGAGGAGCCAAGAGGAGACCAAGAGGAGACCAGGAGGAGCCAAGAGGAGACCAGGAGGAGCCAAGAGGAGACAAGAGGAGACCAGGAGGAGCAAGAGGAAACCAGGAGGAGCCGAGAGGAGACAGGAGAGAGAGACCAGGAGGAGCCAAGAGGAGACCAGGAGGAGCCGAGAGAGAGACCAGGAGGAGCCAAGAGGAGACCAGGAGGAGCCAGAGGAGCCAGAGGAGCCAAGAGGAGACCAGGAGGAGACCAGGAGGAGCCAAGAGGACCAAGAGAGACCAGGAGGAGCCAAGAGGAGACCAGGAGGAGCCAAGAGGAGACCAGGAGGAGCCAAGAGGAGACCAGGAGGAGCCAAGAGGAGACCAGGAGGAGCCAAGAGGAGACCAGGAGGAGCCAAGAGGAGACCAGGAGGAGAAGAGGAGCCAGAGGACACCAGAGGAGACCAAGAGGAGACCAAGAGGAGACCAGGAGGAGCCAAGAGGAACCAGGAGGAGCCAGAGGAGACAAGAGGAGACCAGGAGGAGCCAAGAGAGACCAGGAGGAGCCAAGAGGAGACAAGAGGAGACCAGGAGGAGCCAAGAGGAGGAGCCAGAGGAGAGCCAAGAGGAGCCAAGAGGAGACCAGGAGGAGCCAAGAGGAGACCAGAGGAGCCAAGAGGAGACCAGGAGGAGCCAAGAGGAGACCAGGAGGAGCCAAGAGGAGACCAAGAGGAGCCAAGAGGAGCCAAGAGGAGACCAGGAGGAGACCAGGAGGAGACCAGGAGGAGACCAGGAGGAGCCAAGAGGAGACCAGGAGGAGCUAAGAGGAGACCAAGAGGAGACCAAGAGGAGACCAAGAGGAGACCAAGAGGAGACCAAGAGGAGACCAAGAGGAGACCAAGAGGAGACCAAGAGCAGACCAAGAGCAGACCAGGAAGAGCCAAGAGGACACCAAGAGGAGACCAGGAGGGGCCAAGAGGAGACCAGGAGGAGCCAUGAGGAGACCAAGAGGAGACCAAGAGCAGACCAGGAAGAGCCAGGAAGAGCCAAGAGGACACCAAGAGGAGCUAUGAGGAGACCAGGAGGAGCCAUGAGGAGACCAGGAGGGGCCAAGAGGAGACCAGGAGGAGCCAAGAGGAGACCAGGAGGAGCCGAGAGGAGCCAAGAGGAGAUCCAAGAGGAGACCAGGAGGAGCCCAGAGGAGACCAAGAGGAGACCAAGAGGAGACCAGGAGGAGCCAAGAGGAGACCAGGAGGAGACCAAGAGGAGACCAGGAGGAGCCAAGAGGAGACCAGGAGGAGCCAAGAGGAAGCAAGAGGAAACCAGGAGGAGCCAAGAGGAGACCAGGAGGAGCCAAGAGGAGACCAGGAGGAGCCAAGAGGAAACCAGGAGGAGCCAAGAGGAGCCAAGAGGAGACCAGGAGGAGACCAGGAGGAGACCAGGAGGGAGGAGCCAAGAGGAGACCAAGAGGAGACCAGGAGGAGCCAAGAGCAGACCAGGAGGAGCCAAGAGGAGACAAGAGGAGACCAGGAGGAAGCAAGAGGAAACCAGGAGGAGCCGAGAGGAGACAGGAGGAGCCAAGAGGAGACCAGGAGGAGCCAAGAGGAAACCAGGAGGAGCCAAGAGGAGACCAGGAGGAGACCAGGAGGAGCCAAGAGGAGACCAGGAGGAGCCAUGA